AUGUCCACCACCACCCCACCCCUCCACGGCAUCCUCGUCGCCCUGAUAACCCCCUUCACCGACAACGGGUCUUCCAUCGACGCCCCCAGACUGGAAAAGCACAUCUCGCACCUCCUGGACUCGGGAAUCCACGGCCUCGUGCCAGGCGGAUCGACCGGCGAAUUCACGACCCUCACGCUCCCCGAACGGAAACAACUCACAGAACUCUGCGUGCGCUUCGCAGCCAGCCGCGUCCCCGUCAUCGCAGGGACGGGCGCAACAUCGACCUCCGAAGCCGUGGAGCUCGCGAUGCACGCCAAAGAAGCCGGAGCAGAUGGCGUCAUGGUGGUCCCGCCGUUCUACGACCCCGUUAGUCUGGAGCAGCUGCACGAGAUGCUGCACGAGAUCCACCAGAAGAGCGGAUUGCCGAUCAUGUACUAUAACAUCCCGUCAGCGUCUGGACUGAGACUGUCGCCCGUUGAGAUCGCGGGGCUGAGUAAAGUGGGCGUGAAGUGGCUGAAGGAUACGAGCGGCGACGCGCCGGCGUUCACGGAGCUGGUCUUCGGGCUGGGGGAUCAGAUUACCGCGCUGAAUGGGUGGGAUACGCUGACGUUUUAUGGGCUGGCGGCUGGAUGUCCCGGUGGUGUUUGGGGCGCUGCGAAUAUCAUUCCUGAGCUGGCGGUGAGCCUUUAUGAGGCUGUUGCGGUGAAGGGGGAUUUGGAGAGGGGUAGGGAGCUGUGGAGGAAGGCGUGGCCUGUUUGCAAGUUCUUGGAAUCGCAUAACUAUGCGGCGGCUGUUAAGACGGGCGUUGAGUUGAGGGGGGUGGCCACCGGUGGUCUGCGCAAGCCGUUUGCGUUGCUGAAGCCGGAGCUGAGGGAGGAGUUGAGGGGCUUGUUGGAGGAUGCUGGGGUUUCGACUGUUUGA